AUGAUUAGUUCAAUGGGUUUCCUAUCUAAACAAACCGUAGUGACCUACAACGAGUUCAAGGUGCUGAAUGAGUUCAACAGGGCAAAGUACACGGUACCAGGGGCAGAGUACAGGGAGCCAGGGGAUGAGGUGGAAUUGGAGGAGCCAGUUGGUGAAGAUGAGACCAGGAUAUUUGCAACAGUGAACAGGGACGACUUCUCCUGUUUGGCCCAUUUUGCCAGCAAUGGCGAGGCAGUCUACUGCAACCACGAUCUGUUUGUGCCAAAUACGGUGAUAAACGGGUGUAGAAUCGAAGUAGGAGGAAGAGAGGCAGUGGCAUUGGGCACGUUUGACGAGGGUGUCUUGGUCUACGAUCCACUGGUGGAAUUCUCACCGUAUCCAAUUGCGGUGCUAUCAGGUCACAGGGAAACAGUCUCAUUCGUCUGCAGCGAUGGGGAACUGCUCUAUUCGGCAGCAGGAAGAGAGAUCAUUCGAUGGGAUUUGGGGAGGAUGGAGGCAGGUGACCGAUUUGAUACCGGAAUUGACGUAGAGAGGGUGGUGGCAGAUGGAAGAAUGCUCUACUACUCAGAGGGAGACACUGUCAUUGCAUACGAUACGAGUUCACCAGGUGAUUACGUCACAAUCAACUCGAUUGGAUCAGUUGAAUCAUUUUGUAUCAGUGGCCGUAAUCUGUUUGUAGGAAACUCAGAAGGAGGCGUAGAGUGCUUUGAUUUGAGGGAGACCAGGCAGAAGAGGACGAUGGUGGUUGGAGACGGGGCAGUUCGUGCGAUUCAGAGGCGAGGAGGCGAUGACGAGGCUGUUUCGGUCGUGGUUGGGAGGAGUCUGAAGACUCUCAGGGAACUUGCUGUGGUGGGGGAGUUUGGGCUGAGUGGCCUGGGAUGCGCCUUGAUCGACGAUGGGGCGACUCUUUUUGUUGGAACCGAAGAUGACAAAAUUGACGUAUUCACCCUGAAAGAGUGA